UUCUUGCUGGAAGAAUCAUUCUACAGUAAUCCUUGGAGCCACUGGGGCUGGUGAGAUGAAGGGGAGGUUCGUUGAGGCAUGCUGCUCUGUGCUUCUUGCCGGCAUUGUUGUAGUGUCCACUCUUCUGUCUGCUGCAGUGCUUCACUCAGAGAAGGAGUUCCAUGAUGCAGCGAAGCGGAAUGACACGGCCAGGAUGGAGGAGCUUAUCAAGAGAGGGGUCGAUGUCAAAGCCAAAAACACUACAGACCGGACUGCCCUGCACUGGGCUGCGGGAGCAGGGAACGUGGAUGCUGUGAGACUGCUCCUGGAUCAUGACGUCCCAGUGGAUGACAAGGACAGUUUUGGAAUGAAUGCUCUUCUCCUGUCUGCCUGGUUUGGCCACCUCCAUGUCCUGCAGAUCCUCAUCAAUGCUGGGGCCAAGACUGACUGUGCCAAUAGGAAUGGCAGGAACCUGCUCCACUGUGCAGCUCAGAGGGGACACAUCCAGGUAAUGGAGUUCAUCAUGGAGCACCUGGAGGACAUGUGUGUGGAUGAGACAGACAAGAUGGACAGAACAGCAUUUCAUCUGGCUGCAGAGCAUGGGCAGCUGGAGGUGGUGGAAUUCCUCAUUCGUCUGGGAUGUUUUCACAGCGCCACAGACAAGGAAGAAAACACAGCCUUGCAUUUAGCUGCUAAAAAUGGACACCUCUCUGUACUGCAGAAGGUUAUAGAUGUUGGAGUGGAUCUUGAUGAAAAGAAUUCAGAAGGACUUACAGCUCUGCACCUGGCUGCUGAAGGGGGUCACAGCGACUCUGUGAAGCUGCUCUUGGAAGCUGGUGCUGAUGUCAAUGCCCAAACCCAGAAGAGGAUGAACUGCCUUCAUUAUGCAGCACUGCACGGCUAUGAGGAGAUAGCCAGGAUCCUCAUGGAUGCAGGAAUCCACACAGAUGCUGUUAAUCAUCAAAAUGCAUCAGCAACACACAUUGCAGUACUGCAGAACUGCCCAGGCAUGGUCAAGCUCUUCAUCGAUGCAAAGUGUGACCUUGACAUUGCAGACAACCGGCAGCAGACCGCACUCCACAUCGCUGCGGAGCAUGGCCGGCAGGACAUCGCUGAGAUGAUGCUCAUCGCAGGAGCUAACCUGAAGCUAACAGACAAGCAAGGGAAAACAUCUCUGGAUGUCGCCGUCCGAGGCAAUCACAUCAACUUGGCAGACAUGAUGAUCAAAGCUGAGCGCUUUCACAAAUGGGAAAAGGACCACCUGAGCAGUGACUGCAACUCCUGGGUGGCAAAGCCCUUGAGUUUUAAGCAGGAUCACAGGCUGGAAACGCAGCACAUCCGCUCGGUCAUGUGGAGAUUAGCUACCAAGUACCUCAAACCUGGGGAAUGGAAGAAGCUGGCACACUUCUGGAAAUUCACUGAUGCCCACAUUCGGGCCAUCGAGCAGCAAUGGACAGGCACCAAAAGCUACAGAGAGCACGGCCACAGAAUGCUGCUUAUCUGGCUCCACGGCGUGGUCACAGCAGGAGAAAAUCCAAUCAAGGGAUUGUACGAGGGCCUUGUGGGGAUUGGAAGAAGAGAUUUAGCAGAAAGCAUUCGGAAAAAAGCCAACGCCGACUCUGCCUCCCCUCGGAAGUGCGUGGCAAUGUAACAGUGCGACGGCUCCGCUGGGCCCUUCAGCUGCUGCAUCCUCGGCUCGUCUUGGAGCUGCAGGGGAAACCCCUGCCCUGCUGCUCCUCAGAAGGCAGCUGCAACUCAAGGGCUUGUCAUCAACAGCUGGAAUGGCUGCUGCUUCCUCCUUGGGCUGAAACGUGAGAGUGUCAGCAGACAGCCAUGGUUUAAAAUGCCUCUGUAUUCAGAAGGGAGACUUGGCUCAGCUCUUGGGUGUGGUCUGCGUUCAGUGAAUGAGCCUCACUGGUCAGACUGUGAGGGUCAGGAAAUGCUGGGUUACUGUAACUUGUUUACAUCACUUUUUUGUAUACAUUUUUUAACUGUCAUUUUUUUUAAGUUAUUGAAGGGAAAGCCUUUGUUUUCAGCAGUGUUCUUUACUUAUUGGGGGGGAGGGGCAGCAGCAUCUGUGACUUGUGUCCUGGAUACGUUCCUUAUUAAGGUGGGAAUUUAAGGAGAAAAACCAAGACUCUUUCUGGAGGCUUGAGGCCUGUGAUCUCUAAUCUUUUGACUCUUCACAAAGUUUCGGAGAAAAACAUUAACAAAGCCAAGUGCAAGGUCCUAUAUCUGUGUCAGGGCAAUCCCAGGCACAAAUACAGACUGUCUGGAGGAAAGAAAGUCGUCCUGAGGAGGAGGACUUGGGGGUGUUGGCUGAUGAGGAGCUCAACAUGAGCAGGCAAGGUGGAUUUGCAGCCUUGAUGCUACCUUGGGCUGCAUCCCAAGCAGCAUGGGCAGCAUGUCAAGGGAGGGGAUUCUCCCCUUCUAACCCUUUCUCAUGAGAUCCCACAUGGAGUACUGUGCCCAGCUCUGGAGCCCCCAGUAUAAGGACAUGGAACUGUUAGAGCAUGUUCAGAGGAGACCACAAAGAUGAUUAGAAGGCUGGAGCAACCUUUCCUAUGAAGACAGGCUGAGAGCAUUAGGCUUGCUCAGCCUGGAGAAGAGAAGGCUCCAGGAAGACCACAUUGCAGCCUUCCAGUAUUUCAAGGGGUCUGGAAAGGGCCUUUUUACAAAGACAUGAAGUGACAGGAUGAAGGGUAAUGGCUUCAGACUGGAAGAAGCUCUAUUUAGCUUGAAGGUGGUGAAGUACUGGAACAGGAUGCCCACAGAAGUUGUGGAGGCUCCAACCUGGAAGUGUUCAAAGCCAGGUGGGAUGAUCUUAGGAGAUGUCCCUGCCCAGAGCAGGGAACUAGAAGAUCUUUAGGGUCCUUCCAAAUUCCACAGUUGUUUCUAUGACAUACAGUCUGUAAGUGUACAUGAACAAAUGUACUGUUCAGACCCCAAACUGGUGACUUCUUUAAUCCCCAGACUACAGUUUGAAAAGUGUGGUGAGAAUGGUCAUGGGUAUCAAUUCAACCUCUGACAAGGACAGAUUUUCUUAUGUACCCAUUAGUCAUGUAAAACAUGGCAUGUAUUUUUCAGUGCUUCAAGGGGAAAGUAAUGCCUGCAUUUCAAUAAAUCCACAUUUUGCCCUUAAAGGUGGAAAUUUAUCUUAGUAUUUUGUAAUAA